AUGGUUCUUAUCCUUUCUACAGGAACCAUGAUUAGGUUGUUUAAAGUCAAGGAAAAGCAAAAAGAAGAGGCGAAAAAUGCAAACCGAAAUGGAUCCUUUAAGAAGCAAAGUGCAGGGGAACUGCGUGUUCACAAGGACAUAAGUGAACUAAACCUACCAAAAUCAUGCACCAUUUCAUUUCCAAAUGGCAAGGACGACUUAAUGGCUUUUGAGAUCACCAUUAAACCCGAUGAAGGGUAUUACAUGGGUGGAAAAUUUUUGUUCACUUUCAAUGUUGGUGCUACCUAUCCACAAGAGGCGCCAAAAGUCAAGUGUAAAACCAAGGUGUAUCAUCCUAAUAUUGACUUGGAAGGAAAUGUUUGCCUCAACAUCUUACGAGAAGAUUGGAAACCCGUCCUCAACAUAAACACAAUUGUUUACGGAUUGUAUCAUAUCUUCACGGAACCGAACCAUGAAGAUCCUUUAAAUCAUGAGGCUGCGGGUGUUUUAAGGGACAACCCGAAAGUGUUCAAAUCAAAUGUGAGGACAGCAAUGGGUGGGGGACGUGUGGGAGACACUUAUUUCACAAAAUGAACCAUGAUUAGGUUGUUUAAAGUCAAGGAAAAGCAAAAAGAAGAGGCGAAAAAUGCAAACGGAAAUGGAUCCUUUAAGAAGCAAAGUGCAGGGGAAUUGCGUGUUCAUAAGGACAUAAGUGAACUAAACCUACCAAAAUCAUGCACCAUUUCAUUUCCAAAUGGCAAGGACGACUUAAUGGCUUUUGAGAUCACCAUUAAACCCGAUGAAGGGUAUUACAUGGGUGGAAAAUUUUUGUUCCCUUUCAAUGUUGGUGCUACCUAUCCACACGAGGCGCCAAAAGUCAAGUGUAAAACCAAAGUGUAUCAUCCUAAUAUUGACUUGGAAGGAAAUGUUUGCCUCAACAUCUUACGAGAAGAUUGGAAGCCCGUCCUCAACAUAAACACAAUUGUUUACGGAUUGUAUCAUCUCUUCACGGAACCGAACCAUGAAGAUCCUUUAAAUCAUGAGGCUGCGGGUGAUUUAAGGGACAACCCGAAAGUGUUCAAAUCAAAUGUGAGGACAGCAAUGGGUGGGGGACGUGUGGGAGACACUUAUUUCACAAAAUGAACCAUGAUUAGGUUGUUUAAAGUCAAGGAAAAGCAAAAAGAAGAGGCGAAAAAUGCAAACGGAAAUGGAUCCUUUAAGAAGCAAAGUGCAGGGGAAUUGCGUGUUCAUAAGGACAUAAGUGAACUAAACCUACCAAAAUCAUGCACCAUUUCAUUUCCAAAUGGCAAGGACGACUUAAUGGCUUUUGAGAUCACCAUUAAACCCGAUGAAGGGUAUUACAUGGGUGGAAAAUUUUUGUUCACUUUCAAUGUUGGUGCUACCUAUCCACACGAGGCGCCAAAAGUCAAGUGUAAAACCAAGGUGUAUCAUCCUAAUAUUGACUUGGAAGGAAAUGUUUGCCUCAACAUCUUAAGAGAAGAUUGGAAACCCAUCCUCAACAUAAACACAAUUGUUUACGGAUUGUAUCAUCUUUUCACGGAACCGAAUUAUGAAGAUCCUUUAAAUCAUGAGGUUGCGGGUGUUUUAAGGGACAACCCGAAAGUGUUCAAAUCAAAUGUGAGGACAACAAUGGGUGGGGGACGUGUGGGAGACACUUAUUUCACAAAAUGAACCAUGAUUAUGUUGUUUAAAGUCAAGGAAAAGCAAAAAGAAGAGGCGAAAAAUGCAAACGGAAAUGGAUCCUUUAAGAAGCAAAGUGCAGGGGAAUUGCGUGUUCAUAAGGACAUAAGUGAACUAAACCUACCAAAAUCAUGCACCAUUUCAUUUCCAAAUGGCAAGGACGACUUAAUGGCUUUUGAGAUCACCAUUAAACCCGAUGAAGGGUAUUACAUGGGUGGAAAAUUUUUGUUCACUUUCAAUGUUGGUGCUACCUAUCCACACGAGGCGCCAAAAGUCAAGUGUAAAACCAAGGUGUAUCAUCCUAAUAUUGACUUAGAAGGAAAUGUUUGCCUCAACAUCUUACGAGAAGAUUGGAAACCCGUCCUCAACAUAAACACAAUUGUUUACGGAUUGUAUCAUCUCUUCACGGAACCGAACCAUGAAGAUCCUUUAAAUCAUGAGGCUGCGGGUGUUUUAAGGGACAACCCGAAAGUGUUCAAAUCAAAUGUGAGGACAACAAUGGGUGGGGGACGUGUGGGAGACACUUAUUUCACAAAAUGUAUCUAAUAAUUUCGGUUGGUGAAUUUUAUUAAGUUAAUUAUUAUUAGAAAGUUGACAUUUUAAAAGGC